AAUUUAAACAUGAGAUUCUCUCUCCAGAGUAAUAAAGAGCAGCAGCCCUCCACCCUCCCAACCCCAACCCCGCCAUAAAUGCAAUCGCACCCUCUCUAUACGCUCUGCAAUAACUACACCUCUUUCUUCUUCUUCUUCUUCUUCACCUUCUCAUCACCAUCUUCAUGCCUUUUCUUUCUCUCUCUUUUUUAACUUUUUCUUCCGCCCGUCCGUUUCUUUAAUUCUCUCUCUUUCCUCCCCCCCCUUCCCCAUAAUUCUUCUUAAAUUCUAUUCACAAGAAAGGCAGCCACCACCACCAGUAACCCUCACUUCUUCAGUAUCCCCAACCUGCUUUUCCAGCAUCACUUUAACCUCAAAACCAGAUCUGAACCUCCUCUUUCCCCCCCCAACCCUAAUUUCUGAUAAGGGUUUUCAUGACGUUCAAGAUUCAACAACAUGAAAGAGAAGAUUUGAGUUGGAGUCACCGAAUGUGUCGUGGGCGUUAUAUGUAACCAGGGUUUGACAAAACACACGGAGAGUGUCAAAGUCCACCAGUUCACACUGUCAACUCUGUUGCUAAUCUUUUUCUGCUUUUAGUCUCUUGGCACGUCAGGACAGCCAAGAUAAGCGUUUUGUUUGACAACCCGAAACCUAGAAACCGAAGUCCAUUUUACUUAAAAAGAAACAAGGAACAAAAGUCCAUCGCGAGUUUUGUUGUUACAUGUAACCAUAUAUCCCAUUUGUUGUGCUCAGACGCUGCCAGUGAAUCUUCUUAAACUCAACGCACUAGCUUUUGAAAAACAUACAGCUAUACCCCAUUACACCAGAGAAAGUCGAAAAGUUUUUUAGGGUUUCUUGGUAAUUAAGGACUUAUAUAUAUAUAUAUAUAUGCUGCUUCAAGGACUGACGGUGAUGACGAUGGCCUGACGGGAUGAGUUCUCGGUGACUCGGAAAAACUCCAUGCUUGGACAGAACCAAAUUAAGGUCGAUUGCAGAACUCUAGCUUGCUUGCUUUGAUUAGCAGCCCAAUUUGCAUAUAUAGAUUAGAGGCAAAGAUGUUUCAGCCAAACUUGUUCGAAAGUCACCAUCACUUGCUGGACAUGGGCCAUAAAACUCCAGAAAAUGAGAUGGACCUUAUUAGGGAUGAUGAGUACGAGAGCAAGUCAGGCACCGAUAUUAUGGAGGCCCCCUCUGGUGAUGAUCAAGAUCCUAAUCAGCGCCCCAAGAAGAAGCGGUACCAUCGCCACACACAGCAUCAAAUCCAGGAAAUGGAAUCGUUCUUUAAUGAAUGCCCUCACCCUGAUGACAAACAAAGGAAGGAGCUCGGCCGUCGGUUAGGGCUAGAACCUUUGCAGGUUAAGUUUUGGUUUCAAAACAAGCGUACUCAAAUGAAGGCCCAACAUGAACGCCAUGAGAAUUCACAACUGAGAGCUGAGAAUGAGAAGCUUCGUGCAGAGAAUAUACGGUACAAAGAAGCUCUCAGCAAUGCUACUUGUCCAAACUGUGGAGGGCCAGCAGCCAUUGGCGAGAUGUCAUUCGAUGAGCAGCAUCUCAGGAUUGAAAAUGCUCGCUUAAGGGAAGAGAUUGAUAGGAUAUCCGGAAUAGCUGCAAAAUAUGUCGGAAAACCUAUGCUCUCGUAUCCUCACCUCUCCCCCGGAGGAUCACGUUCGCUUGAUCUAGGAGUUGGGAAUUACGGACCACAGACAGGCAUGUCGGGGGAGAUUUAUGGAGCUGCUGAUCUUCUUAGGUCAGUGUCUGGCCCAACCGAUGCUGACAAGCCGGUGAUCAUUGAGUUAGCUGUUGCAGCAAUGGAGGAAUUGAUCAGAAUGGCGCAAACUGGAGAGCCCUUGUGGAUUCCUAGCACUGACAAUUCCGCGGAGGUGUUGAGUGAAGAGGAGUACGUGCGAACUUUCCCCCGUGGCAUAGGGCCAAAACCUCUGGGCUUGAAAUCUGAAGCCUCUCGAGAGUCCGCUGUUGUGAUCAUGAAUCACAUCAACCUGGUGGAGAUCUUGAUGGAUGUGAAUCAAUGGUCAAGUGUAUUUUCUAGCAUUGUUUCGAGAGCAGUGACAUUGGAAGUCUUAUCUACUGGCGUGGCAGGCAACUAUAAUGGAGCUCUGCAAGUGAUGACUGCAGAGUUCCAAGUCCCUUCUCCUUUGGUCCCAACUCGUGAAAACUACUUUGUAAGAUAUUGCAAGCAGCAUACGGACGGGACCUGGGCUGUCGUUGACGUUUCUCUCGACAACCUGCAGAGACCUGCUUCCAUAUCAAGGUGUAGACGACGACCAUCUGGUUGUUUGAUUCAAGAGUUGCCUAAUGGUUACUCAAAGGUCACAUGGGUUGAACAUGUAGAGGUAGAUGAUAGAGCCGUUCAUAGUAUCUACAGACCACUAGUGAACUCAGGACUUGCGUUUGGGGCAAAACGUUGGGUGGCAACACUGGAUCGACAGUGUGAACGAUUAGCAAGCGUAAUGGCUAACAACAUUUCAGCUGGAGAUGUUGGUGUGAUAUCCUCUCCGGAGGGUAGAAAGAGUAUGUUGAAGCUGGCUGAAAGGAUGGUGAUGAGCUUCUGCACUGGUGUUGGGGCUUCAACUGCUCAUACAUGGACCACACUCUCAGGGAGUGGCGCUGAUGAUGUUAGGGUCAUGACCCGGAAGAGCAUGGAUGAUCCAGGCAGGCCACCGGGCAUUGUACUCAGUGCUGCUACGUCGUUCUGGCUCCCAGUUCCACCCAAAAGAGUUUUCGAUUUCCUGCGAGAUGAGAAUUCAAGAAGCGAGUGGGACAUUCUUUCAAAUGGCGGCCUUGUCCAAGAAAUGGCACAUAUCGCUAAUGGCCGUGAUCCAGGAAACUCUGUCUCUUUACUGCGUGUCAACAGCGCAAAUUCAAGCCAGAGCAAUAUGCUCAUACUACAGGAGAGCAGCACUGAUUCAACAGCAUCGUAUGUUAUUUAUGCCCCCGUGGAUAUUGUCGCAAUGAACGUCGUCCUAAGUGGUGGCGACCCGGAUUAUGUCGCUCUCCUACCUUCUGGUUUCGCAAUACUUCCCGACGGACCGACCAAUCAGGCAGGCGGAGCUCCUGAGGUCGGGUCCGGCGGAUCCUUACUGACCGUUGCCUUUCAAAUACUGGUAGAUUCUGUUCCUACAGCAAAACUUUCCCUGGGUUCAGUCGCAACUGUUAAUAGCCUUAUCAAAUGUACCGUCGAAAGAAUCAAAGGUGCAGUCCUAUGCGAGAAUGCAUGACCGAUCAUCGAUAUAUCUGUCUCCCGUGCAGUGAGAAAUGAAGGACGAAUUAAGAAACAGGUAGUAAGUAAGAAGGAUUUGUUUACGGUAUAUAGAGAUGUGAAGGAAGGAAGGGAAGAAGUCAAGAACGCACCUGACAUAAUCCUUGCCUGUUGGUGGUGAGAGAGUUAGAGCAGGCGGCAAGGGUAAUAGGUUCGGGUAUUGACUCUGCCUAUUAACAUGCAUGAAGUAAACAAAAACCUCGUCCAUUUCUAUGGAAUUCAUCAACUCCUAUGCAUAUGUAUCCUUUGUUUUGCGUCAGAGUUAGGGUUUCUUUCAUCUGUUAAUUUGUACUCUUUUCUUUUUGUCUGUGGGAGGAGCUUAAUUUAGUUGCUAGACCAUAUCUAUAUGCAUCCUCCCAAUCUUCUUAAUUGCUUCUUUCUAAUUAAAUAACACUGCUUUCUUUUCAUUUUCA